GUCGCAUUCACCACACCUCGAUAAGCGAUGACUGUGUCCACCUCAUUCGCUGAUCUGAAGCUGUCGCCAAUGGAGUAGAAUCAAUCCUGAGCUACUGCGCCGCAGUUCCGGAUGGCGCAGCCAAUUGCCACUUUAGGCACCGCGCCCACGACAUCAGGGCGCCUACUCGGCCCCCACACCAUGCACUCCAAGGUAAGUAGGUGCACGAAAGAGAUGACAGCACAUGAUAUCUGGGCGGCUAUAUAUAAUUUCGAGUCACCUCGCUCCCGCUAUGCUUCAUCUUAAGGUCCCGUUUGCAACGUCACCAGCCUGACGGCCGCACGUUCGUAGGCAGCCACGACGUGAAGGACUUGCCUAACCUGACUCACCCUCAGUCCUUCAGAGUUUCAAUACAAUAAAAGGAAGAGACGUGGUCAGCAGAAGACACCCCGCGAUCCAACAUGGAGUCCAAUCCAAGAAAUCCUCAAGCGCCUCUGCGGCUGCUCUCUCUGGACGGAGGAGGCGUCCGGGGACUAUCUUCGCUCAUGGUCCUCCGCGAUCUGAUGCAGAAUAUUGCACUUGAAGAGAAGCGGCUCGGGCGUCGAAAACAGGCUGAUUACGAGCCACUAAGGCCUUGCGACUACUUUGAUCUCAUCGGCGGUACAUCGACAGGCGGGAUCAUUGCCAUUCUGCUCUCUCGACUGCGCCUCAAUUGCGAGCAGUGUAUAGACAUCUAUCUCAAGCUGGCGCAACAGAUCUUCGAGCAUGACCGCUCGUUCAAGGCGUUCGGGAUGAAGUUCCCAACAGGGGCAACGAGAUUCUCUGGUAUGGUUCUAGCAAAUGCAAUCAAGUCGUCGUUGAAAGAGCUCAGAUUCGAUGAAGAUGAGCUGAUGUGGGACGAGGCGCUGUUCGAGGAAAUUGAACCUCAACAAAGAAACGACAGUAUAUGGGCGGAUAUGGUGACGGAGAGCCCAGUUGCCACGAAGAACAACGGCAUAGCUUUGCCGCCAGCGAAAUCGACAUCCGUUGACAGCGCCCCCCAAGCAAAGUUACCACCUCGGACCGAUACGUGGAAGCUACACCCUCGGCAGUCUGUUCAUCGCAAAGCAAAUGCACCUGGGUGUCGAGGAUUCGUACUGACCUCGCUCAAGAACGCGCUGGGUCUCCCUAGGAUCCUCUCCACGUAUGACCCCAAUGACCGGACCACUCGCAUCUGGGAGGCUUUACGGGCGACCUCCGCCGCUCCAACGUUCUUCGAGGAGAUGCAGUUUGGCACGCCGAAGGUUACCUACCUCGAUGGUGGAGUUGGGUUCAACAAUCCAUGCGCCGAGGUCGACUACGCAGCCAAAGCACUGUGGGACAAUCCAAUCGGGGUCAUUGUGUCAGUCGGCACAGGACUUCAGAGCCUGUCGAGCGUCAAAAAGAUGGCGUCGUGGCUGCCCUUCGGUCUCGGUACAGACAUCUCCUUAGCUACUGCUCUCGCUGGCAUGGCAACGUCGACUGCACGAGUAGACAACGAAAUGAGACGUAUGUACAACAACAGUGAUACUAAGUACUACCGCUUCGACGUGGACCGGGGACUCGCAAACAUCAGUCUCGAGCAGUGGAUGAAAGAAGACGAGAUGGCGUCUCUGACGGAGCAAUACAUGCAAGAUGGAGAGCAAGUACGGAGGGCGCGCGAGUUCGGCGAGAUGAUGGCAAAACUUUCUGCACUGCCGCCUAAAUUCGAGAUCCAGGCUACACAGUUCCGACUUGGGAUCAACGGACAAGGGCUUCAGGACGAAAGCUUCCGGCUCGUUCAAGUCGAUUUCAAGACUGGCAAUUUGCUCGGCGAAACCAACGGCUCAUCAACCCCUGAUGCUGCUCCAUCCGGCGAGGGUGGACUUGCGAUGACCGAGAGCGGUACCUUACGCAAAGUGUAUCCCGUGGCUGCCGACUUGGAUAUGGACGGGCGACGCGAGGAAGCCGCGGUGUAUCACUGUAUCCAAGCCUGUGACAUCUGUAUACGUAAGGUGAAGACUGGGAUCCCGCCAGGACGAUACAAAGUGCAGUUCAUCGUUGCGUUCCACAGUGCGACGCACAACCCGCCUCACGAUUUGGUUUUCAGUGUGGGGCGGCCCUUCGACGCGGGUACGUUCCAGAGCCGCUUUGUGGACGUGAGGAUCACGCCAGACGUUGCCGCAGUGCUCCUUCAUCCUGAUGCUGUGCGUGUACGAGUGGGCAGGAGGCGCUACGAGGAGAACCGAGGGAGGGGAUGGGUGGAGAUUGAAGGCGACAUUGACGUGACCGUUGGACUAUAUGGUGCGCUGGGAUUCAUCGUGAGCAAGCGCUAUGAAGAGGACAAGCUGGUUGAUGGUUGGAGCUUUGGUGGCUUACGAUUGGAGCCCGUGUUCAGGACCCAGCCUACGAUUUCAUCGAGAAUACGGACGUGAGCAGUCCAAGGGCGCAUGUUGCGAGUUGAGUUUGUGCAGUGUUAUAGUUCCAAGUUGUAUAAAUUAAUUACGUUGUAUAGAUCUUAUUGCUUUAAGAAUGUUGUCAGCACAACGUCUAUGUGUAAAACACCUGUCUCUA